AUGGGAUCUGCGUUUAAAGCUUGCUUGUGUACAAGCUCACUCACGAUAGUGUAUGCAAACACGCUCUCGCGGCAAAUCAACUUGUUAAGCUCCGACGAACUUCAACGAGCUGAACGAGCUAAACGCGAGCGUCAACGGCAGAACAGAGUAGAAGCAGAGUCGAGUUCAGGAUUUCAGACAGGCUCCGAGUUACAGCUCAGUGACGACGACUCUGGUACUGAGACGAUGGCAGAUAACCACGGAGGAGCUCCUCCACCGGGAGUUUUUCCACCACAAGCCGGGAAUCCAGCUCAAGCUCAACGUCCGGCAAGACAAAUCGGAGCUGGCGAUAUUCCGACGAUUCCAGCGAAUCGUCCCGGCAUUACCCCACCACCGGUCCCAAAUUUCAACUUCGACAUCAAGACAAGCUUGAUAAACUUGGUGGAGAAUUCCAUCUUUCACGGAAUGAAAGAUGAAGAUCCUUUGAAGCACUUGGAAAAGUUUGAUAGAAUUUGUGCUUUGCAAAAGAUCAACAAUGUCACUGAGGAUGCUCUUAAGCUCCGAUUGUUCCCUUCUCUUUGA